CAUAUGAACAUGCAGGACAUUGGUCUAAUGGUAUAAAAUGAUUUUUUUAUUUCUUCAAUGGGCUCUUUAAUGAUGGGGUUAUCUAAACCAAAGAUUGAUUUGUUUUCCCGAGGGAGAUAGAGCUAGAGAUCGAGGAUCAACUUAUUCACCAUCAUCGUCUCUGGUCUGUGAAGCGGACAAACCGAAGAAUCAGCCUGAUAUGGGCAAAGUCAGAGACUUUGGAGCUGAGGAUCAUAUCCCAUCAAACAUAUUCCACGCAGUUACCGCCAUAUCCAUCUGCCUCAGCGCUAUUUACUUGAACCUCGCUCUUGUUCUCAUCUCCCUCUUCUUCCUCCCACCUUCUCUCUCCCUCCUGGUCUUGGGCCUGCUCUCUCUGUUUAUCAUCAUCCCUAUAGAUGAUCGUAGCAAGUACGGUCUUAAGCUAGCUAGGUACAUAUGCAAGCACGCGGCUAGUUACUUCCCCGUUACUCUGCAUGUGGAGGAUUACGAAGCUUUCAAGCCUGAUCGCUCCUAUGUUUUUGGUUAUGAACCACACUCGGUGUGGCCCUUUGGAGCUGUUGCACUUGUUGAUCUGGCAGGGUUUAUGCCUCUUCCUAACAUCAAACUUCUUGCAAGCAAUGCUAUAUUCUACACGCCGUUUCUAAGGCACAUGUGGGCAUGGUUAGGGCUCGCCUCUGCUUCUAGGAAGAGUUUCUCUUCUCUUCUGGAGUCUGGCUAUAGUUGUAUCCUUGUACCUGGUGGUGUGCAGGAAACAUUUCACUUGCAACAUGAUGUUGAGAACGUCUUCCUUUCAUCGAGAAGAGGAUUUGUGCGCAUCGCCAUGGAACAAGGGGCACCUCUUGUUCCAGUUUUCUGCUUUGGUCAGUCCCGUGCGUACAAGUGGUGGAAGCCGGAUUGUGACCUUUAUUUUAAACUAGCAAGAGCGAUCAGGUUUACUCCUAUCUGUUUCUGGGGAGUUUUCGGAUCCCCAAUACCAUAUAGACACCCUAUUCAUGUGGUGGUUGGUAAACCAAUACAAGUUACAAAGUCUCUGCAGCCAACUGAUGAAGAGAUUGAUGAGUUGCAUGGCCAGUUUGUGGAAGCGCUUAAGGAUCUGUUUGAGAGGCACAAGGCCGGAGCAGGCUACUCUGAUCUGCAGUUGAACAUUCUUUAAAACAAAAUUUCUGAAAUUGGAAAGUUUUUUUUCUACGAAUUAUCCUUAAAAUCAGUUGUUGUUACCCUUUGUACCUGGCAUUAACCUGUGUAUCAAUGUCAUAUCGACUGUUGCGGCAAUGGAAUUACAUUUACUUCUGUAUCUAAUAGCAAACAUGUAUUUGGUUAACCGCUGAUGUCAAUAUUUUUUUUCUAGGAAAACAAAAAAGUUUAACGCAA